AUGUUUGAAUUCUCCGAGGUGACUAAUGAUUGUGCCGUGUACACCGGAAUCGCCACUCUCAGCACUUUACCGUCUCAGUUUUCUGUACCACGUGUGGUGUAUAAAGGUAAAACAAAUUGUCAACGUUCAGGAUACACGUUCUUCGAAGACGGGAAUCUUUGCAUCAAUGUAGUAGAGAAAAAAAUGAUUUGGGAUAAGGCCAACCAGACAUGUGAACAGGAAGAUGGGAGGUUACUCGUGCUGACCUCGCCAACAAAGAUUAACGGAGCAUUCAAAUAUUUUAAUAUUUACAACAAAGUCCUGAUGCAACAACAAAGUCAAAGGUUCGGUAUUUUGUCCAAGAGACAAUGGAAAUGGAUUGAUGGUACUUCCUUUGAGACACAAAUGUGGUCAGAAGCAGUUUUCAAUAACUUCGAUGCGAAUCAUCCUAGCAUGCGCAGUGCAGACUGUGCAGUACUCGGUGUCUCAAAAAUGUUUGAUGUAUAUUGCAAUAAUCCUCGCAAAUUUAUUUGCGAGAGACCUCAGCUUGUGUAG